UCAGUUCAUUACGAUUCACGCGUAUCGCGAAUGUCAUCCAUCGACGGCGCAACGAAAUAAAAUAUUGUGGAAAAUAUAUAUUUAAUAAUUGAAGUUUAGUGCUAAUAAUUAACAAAAAACUCAAUUAAAUUAUAUAUAUUUUGUAUUAAUUGUAUUUUACAACACAACCACACAAUUCCUUUUAUUUCACUUCGCAUUUUAUUGUGAAUACUUCAACUACUGAGGUUUCACAUAGUUUUGCGAUAAAAAAGCCAAUUGCUCGAUACGAAAAAGCGAAGUAGUUACACAACAGCCACCAGCUUCAAUCUUCGUAACUAACCAUUUCAUCACAAUUGUUUUCAAUUAAUAAAUCCAAAUAAACAGUCAUGAAAAUCUGGACAUCAGAACACACCUUCAACCAUCCCUGGGAGACAGUGACACAAGCGGCAUGGCGAAAAUAUCCUAAUCCUAUGACCCCAUCGAUUAUUGGCACCGAUGUCGUUGAACGAAAAGUUGUCGAUGGCGUGCUACACACUCAUAGAUUGGUGCAAUCCAAAUGGUGUUUCCCAAAAUGGACACAUGCGUUAAUCGGAACAGCUAAAGUAUGCUUUGCCAGCGAAAAAUCCACAGUUGAUCCCAACCGCAAACAAAUGGUAUUGAAAACAAUGAAUCUGACGUUCUGCCGGCAUAUUUCCAUCGACGAAGUGAUCUACUAUGUUCCCCAUCCCUCAGAUCCAUCAAAGACACUUUUGAAACAAGAAGCCCAAGUUAGUGUACAGGGCGUGCCACUUAGUCAUUAUAUGGAAGACCUUGUCACAUCCACAAUAAGUAUGAACGCUGGUAAAGGACGCCAAGGUCUGGAAUGGGUGAUAGGCCGUAUUAACUCUGAGGUGAAAGAUUUUGCUGAGAGUGCAGCCAAAAGUACAGAUGACCUUCUUAUGACCACAAAAAAAUCAUUCGAUGAAAUGGCUGAGAACGCACGUAAAAGUAUGGACGAACUAGCGGCUCAAGCAGCCAAAUUCCACAUCUAACGAAAUUAAGCCUAAAUUAAAAACAAUUUUUUACAAACCGAUUGCUAUUUCUCGUCAGUAGCAAUUCGCUUGUAUUAUUUUGUUGUUCCUUGCUUGUUCAACUGAAGAAGAGAAAGAGAGAGACAGAGAACUUGAUGAACGUGAUGACGAAGAAUCUAAACAUUUAACAGGCAAAGUACAUGGUUCAUGUAUGGACAACUCGCAAUAGAGGCAGGCAGAGUUAGAGAUCUUAAGGAAGAAAGGAAUAUCAAUCACAAACACACCCAACAAUACCUUCAAACUUCAGCAUUACGAAUGUGUCUCUCUUCGACGGCUCGGCCGGCGGCGGGCAGUUCGAUAACGCAAAGAUGAAACGGGUUUUUAAAAUAAAAGACAUGCAGAUGAGCUUGGAGUUCAUCAAUUUAGUUGUAAUAGGUACAAAUUCAAUGAGCGAAGGACACUAGCCAUAAUUUUACGCACUCCAAUCAAUAAAUCGCCCAAAAUAUAUUAAUAUAAUAUUACAUUUAAUGUAAAAGAGUAGUUUCAAAAUGGGAUAUAAUUUUUUACCGAUUGAGUAGAAUAAGAUAAAAUCGAUUUGAAGUCUACUUGCAUUAUUGGCAUAUUGUACAUAUGAAUUCUUGGAGAUCUGCGCUGGCACCUGGCUGCGUUAUCCGAUAAAAAUAAAUCUUUAGAAAAUUGAAUAAUUUACUACUGUGUUCCUAGCUUGUUCUUAAAACUAAUAAUAUUCUUCUCCUCCACCCCCAUCAAUACAAUUUUAAAUUUCGUAUUUGAUCUGUGAUCAUUGCACAUCUAAAACAUUGUUUUCUUAAUUUUGUGUUUUGUAGUUUAUAAUAGCUAAUACUGUAUUUAUUUUUAAUUUAACAAAAGAAUAACGAUGUAGUAGAAUAGUGUUUAUGCUCCUGUUACAAAAAUACAUAUAUCAAAAACAACAAAAAUAAAACAAGGAUCAAAUAAAAUUAUUAUUGUUAAUGUAAAUUGCCGCUCAAAAUGUUUGUUCAUUUUGAGCUAUGUACUGUUUUCGUUAAAAUGAACAAUGGAAAAAAAUUUAAAAUAUGAAAAUUAAAACAAAUCCAAAAACCAAA